AUGUCGUUUGAAAAUGCAAUGGCUAAGCUCAACCUAGAUCUCGACUCUAGUUUCUAUGAUCCGACGGCCUUUCCCCAGCUUCCACUACAAGAGCUUACCGUUACGAAGGCUGCCAUUGAAGGCAACUUGGAAAGCCUCUUCGCGGCCUUGCAAAACGUCCACAAGUGCGAUAUGGACACCCCUCUAUUGUCGCGCGAUGGAUUCCCACGAUCUGACAUCGACGUCGUGCAGGUUCGCUUGAUCAGAACCCAGAUCAUCCGCUUACGAAACGACCUCCGUAGCUUGCUCCAGUGCUUGAACAUCCGGCUAGAGGAAUUCUUCCAGAGCGGUGCUGCUCCUGCCGAAAUAACGCUGAAUUCUGAGCCCUCCGUAGACAUGGUUCCGUUUGCUGUGGUCAAUGAGGUGGUUGCACACAGCCCAGCCUACAAGGCGGGCCUACAGGACGGGGACGAGCUCAUCAGUUUUGCGGAAACCAUCAACGCCACCAACCAUGACGGGUUGAAAAGGGUGGUAGCUACAGUCCAGAGCAGUGUGGCAAACAGAAACGAAAUUAAAGUGUUGGUACUACGUAAUAAAACAGACAAGAUCGGUCUUUGUUUGAGGCCGUGUGCGGAUUGGGGCGGCAGGGGUGUUUUGGGUUGUCGCUUGGACAAGCUUUAG